CCACCUUACACCACCACCCAGCCGCUACUUAACGUACCCACGCGUUUGACGCGGGUUAUAAACAUAGAAAUCUCUCUCUCUCGUGUUGCGUUUUGAAAAGACCAUUUGUCUUACUCAAUCCCCGGAAGAUUGCAAUGGCAUCCGACGGAACCCCCCUCAAGAAAAGAAAGCAAGACGAUGGCACUGAUCUCGCCGACGCACCGAGAGCUCCUGUUACCCAGCUUUUAAUCAAGAAGCUUUCGAACAAGGCCAAAACCCCAACGCGUGGUUCACCGCUAGCAGCAGGUUAUGACCUUUAUAGCGCCGAAGAUAAAGUCAUUCCCGCUCGUGGCAAGGCCCUCAUAGACACACAGCUUUCCAUAGCCGUCCCUGCUGGUACAUAUGGACGUGUUGCACCACGAAGCGGUUUAGCUUCGAAAUUUAUGAUCGACACCGGCGCUGGCGUCAUCGACGCAGAUUAUCGCGGUACCGUUUUCGUCCUCCUGUUCAACUUGUCGGACAAAGACUUCCAAGUUUCCGAAGGUGAUCGAAUAGCACAGCUGAUCAUAGAACGCAUCUACACUCCUGAAAUUCUUGAAGUUGAGGACCUUGACGAGACUCUUCGGGGUGCUGGAGGCUUUGGUUCUACUGGAGGUCAUCAAUCCUUGUAGUGACUAAUGCCUGAUUAACUUGCCUCUAUACCUCGUGGGCUGUGAAAAAGUUAUAUUGUAUUAUUCUAUAUUUUCCUGUCCGUAUGCACCAGGUAAAGACCAUCUGAGCUUCUCGAAGCAUAUUUCAGAAGGUCCCUUCCUUGUUGUUCCUGUAACUCGGUCUCCGAAGGAAGGUCAAGGGGAAUGCCAACGUCUUCCGCCCAUAUCCGCCCGUCUGGUAUCCCUCCGCUUUCUCCCUGACCCACGUCCGCUUUCCGCACUGCCUCGACAAGUUUAACUAGGUCUUCCAGUUCCUUCUUCAUCAGUCGAUACUCAGCAGAGCCCUCUUCUGGUAGUCUGAGAGCGGAGAGCUCGUGAAGUCGUUUGAACGUUGCGGGAGUGAUGGCCGGUUCGGGGUACGACGACAGUAGUUCUUUGACAGACCAAGUGGGUUUCAGAGGAAUGCCGCACGAGUCUGUAUCAAUUGUUACUCCAGAUCGAGAAGAGUUGUAGCGUCGAGCGUCCCAUGGCACUGAGCGUGCUAUCAGGCGACCACAACGAGGGAACAGCGUUAAUGUC